GGGACCGCCCGCCGCCCGGGGCUGAGCCGUGCAGACCCGCGCCCCGUUCCCUCGGCCCUGCAGCCCAGCCACGCCUGCCUCCCUGCGCCAGCUCCAGUCUCCUGAGGAUAACGGCGCCCUGCCCUGUCCUGCCCUGCGCUGCAAUGCACGCCCCGGUUUCGUGUGCCUCUGUCAGCCGCACGUCCAUAGGGAUUUCUAAAGUGGCCUCGCUUGGGCUGACGUCGUUCUGGUGGACACUUUAUGGAGGGGCGCCCGGAGGCCCGGCCUUUCCCGGACAGACACAGGAUCCCCUGUACGGCUACUUUGCUGCAGUGGCUGGACAGGAUGGACAAAUAGAUGCUGAUGAAUUACAAAGAUGUCUGACACAAUCGGGCAUUGCUGGUGGAUACAAACCUUUUAACCUGGAGACUUGUCGGCUUAUGGUUUCAAUGCUGGAUAGAGACAUGUCCGGCACCAUGGGCUUCACAGAGUUUAAGGAGCUCUGGGCAGUGCUGAAUGGCUGGAGACAGCACUUCAUCAGCUUCGACAGCGACCGAAGCGGAACCGUGGACCCCCAGGAGCUGCAGAAGGCCCUGACCACGAUGGGCUUUAGGUUGAAUCCCCAAACUGUGAAUUUGAUUGCAAAACGGUAUAGCACCAAUGGGAAGAUCACCUUUGAUGAUUAUAUCGCCUGCUGUGUCAAGCUGAGGGCUCUCACAGAUAGCUUUCGAAGACGGGAUUCUGGUCACCAAGGUGUUGUGAAUUUCUCAUAUGAUGAUUUCAUUCAGUGUGUCAUGACUGUUUAAGUCAAAAGGAAGCUGUCUGAAUAUAACAUUCCAACUGGAGUCCACAUUUGCUUACCCUGCCUUUAGUAACCUGCAUAAACUUACGUUGCUGCUUUCCCCAACAGCUGUUGUAAGGUCUAUGACUUUACACACAGUUGAACUUUUUAGUUUUGAUAGUGAAUUCUUUGGAACUUUAGUAAUAUAAGUCAAGUUUAUUAUACCAAUUAGAAUUUCCUUAUCAAUCAUGCCUUAUUUUUCUGCUAAACCUCUUUGAUAUAAAUAUGAGAAUGUAGAAUUGUAAGGUGCACUAUAUCCUUUUCAUUAUGAGAUAUGAAAAACUUGUAAUUAAACUACAGCUGUGUAGCUUUCCUCCCCUAGAGGAAUGUGGUUGAAAA